AUGUUGAUUAAAACUUCAUUCUUCACGGCGCUCUUGGCGUCCUCCGUUUCCGCUCACUUUGUUGUUGAAUAUCCAGGUGAUAGAGGUAGUAAUGAAAAAACACAAACCAUUGGACCUUGUGGUGGUAUGAACAGUACUGUGUUACCACGGUAUCUUUGGAAUCCUAAAGGGUCACCAGUUGGUGUACAUCAGCACCACAAUCUUACAAUUUUUCAAUUCAAUUACUGCCCUGGUGAAUCAUGUACGACCCAAAAGGAUUUCACCGAGACCGUUUUCGGUACUUUUGAACAAGAAUUCACUGGCUCAUUGUGUUUGCCAAAUGUGGUUAUUCCAGGGGAUGUGGGAUCUAAUGGUACUUUGCAAAUCGUGUUCCAAAAGGACAAUAAAUACAUGUAUAACUGUAUCGAUCUUACUAUUAGUGACAAAGCUAAUCAAUGGAAUGGUUCAGAUUGCUCCAAUUCCACUGGGAUUAACAUCUCUCCUUACUAUAUUAAUAGUAAGUUUAUUUUCGAUGCCAGUAACAUCACAUUGUUUGAUGCUGAAGAAGAAGCUGCUACUAAGACUCAGUCUGGCCAGAUUGUUACUUCAUAUCAGUCGGAGAUGGUAAUGGAUGGUCAAACCAUGGAAAUGUGGCACACAACCACACUUCUUGCUAAUGAAACUAGUGCUUUUAAUACUGCUCAACCUUCCUCUGCAUCUACUGCAGCUGGAUCUAAAACCUCGGCUUUAAUCGGGAUUUCCUCCUAUUUAACAACUAUGGUUAUGGAUGGUACUAAAACUACAAUGUAUAUGCCUACUACAGUUGCCAUUGGUAGCUCAAGUUCAAAAGCUUCUUUUACAUCUGCUGCAUCCAACUCGUCCUCAUCUUCAAAGGGCAUGGGCGUUACUUUGAAUGCAUCCGGAAUAUCUGCUGCAGUUUUCGCAGUAAUUGCCGGAAUUCUCUGUUAG